UUGUUCCCCCCCCCGUGCAGAAGUGAUCUCAUCCACGUAAACGUCAUUCCUGCGACCGCUUCCGCGCGCAAGCGCACUUUGAAUCGCGUGGUGACUUCCGGCUUGAGGGUGAAUGAAGAAUAGUCAGGUGGUGAGUGGAACGUCUCUCUGGGUGUCGGAAUUGAAAACGGACCUGGAGGAUGUUGAUCUCCAAGAACAUGCCCUGGCGGCGGCUGCAGGGCAUUUCCUUCGGGAUGUAUUCGGCUGAAGAGCUCAAGAAAUUAAGUGUUAAAUCCAUUACGAACCCUCGGUACCUGGACAGCCUGGGGAACCCAUCGGCACACGGCCUGUACGAUUUAGCUUUGGGCCCUGCAGAUUCCAAAGAGGUGUGCUCCACCUGCGUGCAGGACUUCAGCAACUGUUCUGGGCACCUGGGCCACAUUGAGCUCCCACUCACGGUGUAUAACCCUCUCCUCUUCGAUAAGCUGUACCUGCUGCUUCGGGGCUCUUGUUUAAACUGCCACAUGCUGACUUGUCCCCGGGCUGUGAUUCACCUCUUACUCUGCCAGCUGAGGGUUCUGGAAGUCGGGGCCCUACAAGCAGUCUACGAGCUUGAGAGAAUUCUGAACAGGGGAGUUUUCCUCUUUGUUUUCCAGUUUCUGGAAGAAAACGCCGAUCCCUCUGCCUCUGAAAUUCAGGAGGAAUUAGAACAAUACACAACUGAAAUUGUGCAGAACAAGCUCCUGGGGUCCCAGGGCGCACAUGUGAAGAACGUGUGUGAGAGCAAGAGCAAGCUCAUUGCUCUCUUCUGGAAGGCACAUAUGAAUGCUAAGCGCUGUCCCCACUGCAAGACCGGGCGAUCCGUUGUCCGAAAGGAACACAACAGCAAGUUGACUAUCACGUUUCCAGCCAUGGUGCACAGGACAGCUGGCCAGAAGGACUCGGAACCCCUGGGAAUUGAGGAAGCUCAGACGGGAAAACGAGGAUACUUAACACCCACCAGUGCCCGCGAACACCUUUCUGCCCUGUGGAAGAAUGAAGGAUUCUUUCUGAACUACCUUUUUUCGGGAAUGGAUGAUGAUGAUAUGGAGUCCAGAUUCAAUCCGAGUGUGUUCUUUCUAGAUUUCUUGGUGGUGCCGCCCUCAAGGUAUCGCCCAGUCAGUCGCCUAGGAGACCAGAUGUUUACCAAUGGCCAGACGGUGAACUUGCAGGCUGUCAUGAAGGAUGUAGUUCUGAUUCAAAAACUUCUGGCAUUGAUGGCCCAAGAACAGAAGCUGCCAGAGAAAGUGGCCGCACCCACUACAGAUGAGGAAAAAGACUCUUUGAUUGCUACUGACCAAUCCUUUUUGAGUGUACUUCCAGGCCAGUCCCUCAUAGACAAACUUUACAACAUUUGGAUUCGCCUUCAGAGCCAUGUCAAUAUUGUGUUUGAUAGCGAGAUGGACAAACUAAUGAUGGACAAGUACCCAGGCAUUAGGCAGAUCCUGGAGAAGAAAGAAGGCCUGUUCCGAAAACACAUGAUGGGAAAGCGAGUGGACUACGCUGCGCGCUCAGUCAUCUGCCCAGACAUGUACAUCAACACCAAUGAAAUUGGAAUUCCCAUGGUGUUUGCCACAAAACUGACCUACCCGCAGCCAGUUACCCCGUGGAAUGUUCAGGAACUUAGGCAAGCAGUCAUCAACGGCCCCAAUGUGCACCCAGGAGCCUCCAUGGUCAUCAAUGAGGACGGCAGCCGCACAGCCCUGAGCGCUGUGGACAUGACUCAGCGAGAGGCCGUGGCCAAGCAGCUCCUGACCCCAGCCACGGGGGCACCUAAGCCCCAGGGGACAAAAAUUGUGUGCCGGCAUGUGAAGAAUGGGGACAUUCUGCUACUGAACCGACAGCCCACCCUGCACAGACCCUCCAUCCAGGCCCACCGUGCCCGCAUCCUGCCUGAAGAGAAAGUGCUGCGGCUCCACUAUGCCAACUGCAAGGCCUAUAAUGCCGACUUUGAUGGAGACGAGGUGAAUGCCCAUUUCCCCCAGAGUGAGCUGGGCCGGGCCGAGGCCUACGUCCUGGCCUGCACCGAUCAGCAGUACCUUGUUCCCAAGGAUGGCCAACCAUUGGCGGGACUGAUCCAGGAUCACAUGGUUUCAGGGGCAAGCAUGACUACUCGGGGUUUUUUCACCCGGGAGCAGUAUAUGGAGCUGGUGUACCGAGGACUCACGGACAAAGUGGGGCACGUGAAGCUCCUUUCUCCUUCCAUCCUGAAGCCCUUUCUGCUGUGGACAGGAAAACAGGUUGUGUCAACGCUGCCCAUAAAUAUAAUCCCAGAGGACCACAUCCACCUGAAUUUAUCUGGAAAGGCAAAAAUCACCGGGAAAGCCUGGGUGAAGGAAACUCCUCGAUCCAUUCCUGGCUUUAACCCUGACUCAAUGUGCGAGUCCCAGGUGAUCAUCAGGGAAGGGGAGCUGCUCUGCGGAGUGCUGGACAAGGCGCACUACGGGAGCUCUGCCUACAGCCUGGUCCACUGCUGCUAUGAGAUCUAUGGAGGCGAGACCAGCGGCAAGGUUCUAACCUGCCUGGCCCGCCUCUUCACUGCCUACCUGCAGCUCUACAGAGGCUUCACGUUGGGCGUGGAAGACAUUUUGGUGAAGCCAAAGGCAGAUGUCAAGAGGCAACGUAUCAUUGAAGAAUCCACCCACUGCGGGCCCCGGGCUGUCAGGGCUGCAUUAAACCUGCCAGAAGCCGCAUCCUAUGAUGAGGUCCGAGGAAAAUGGCAGGAUGCCCAUCUGGGCAAGGACCAGAGGGAUUUUAACAUGAUUGAUCUGAAGUUCAAGGAGGAAGUGAACCAUUACAGCAAUGAGAUUAACAAGGCAUGCAUGCCUUUUGGCCUACACAGACAGUUCCCAGAGAACAGCCUGCAGAUGAUGGUGCAGUCAGGAGCCAAAGGUUCAACCGUGAACACAAUGCAGAUCUCGUGCCUGCUGGGCCAGAUUGAAUUGGAAGGUCGGAGACCCCCGCUGAUGGCGUCUGGCAAGUCACUGCCCUGCUUUGAGCCUUAUGAGUUCACCCCCAGGGCUGGUGGCUUUGUCACUGGCAGAUUCCUCACCAGCAUCAAACCUCCUGAGUUCUUCUUCCACUGCAUGGCAGGACGAGAGGGCCUGGUCGACACUGCUGUGAAAACCAGCCGCUCAGGCUAUCUCCAAAGGUGCAUCAUCAAGCACCUGGAGGGACUGGUCGUGCAGUAUGAUCUCACGGUCCGUGACAGUGACGGCAGUGUGGUGCAGUUCCUGUAUGGGGAGGAUGGCCUGGACAUCCCCAAGACACAAUUCCUGCAGCCCAAGCAGUUCCCCUUCCUGGCCAGCAACUACGAGGUGAUAAUGAAAUCACAGCAUCUCCAUGAAGUUUUAUCCAGAGCAGAUCCCAAAAAAGCUCUCCGCUACUUCAGAGCUAUCAAAAGAUGGCAAAGCAAGCACCCCAACACCCUGCUGAGAAGAGGUGCCUUCUUGAGUUAUUCCCAGAAAAUUCAGGAAGCUGUGAAAGCCCUGAAUCUUGAGAGUGAAAACCGCAAUGGCCGCAUCCCCAGGACUCAGGAGAUGCUGAGGAUGUGGUAUGAGUUGGAUGAGGAGAGCCGAAGGAAAUACCAGAAGAAGGCGGCCACUUGUCCUGACCCAAGUCUGUCUGUCUGGCGUCCUGACAUCUACUUUGCGUCAGUGUCAGAAACAUUUGAAACAAAGGUUGAUGACUACGGUCAAGAGUGGGCAGCUCAAACAGAGAAGAGUUAUGAGAAAUCAGAGCUUUCUCUCGACAGGUUGAGGACCUUGCUGCAACUGAAGUGGCAGCGCUCACUGUGCGAGCCAGGCGAGGCCGUGGGCCUGCUGGCUGCCCAGAGCAUCGGAGAGCCCUCCACCCAGAUGACCCUCAACACCUUCCACUUUGCAGGCAGAGGCGAGAUGAAUGUCACCCUGGGUAUUCCAAGGUUGCGGGAGAUUCUCAUGGUGGCCAGUGCCAACAUCAAGACGCCCAUGAUGAGCGUGCCUGUGCUCAACACCAAGAAAGCCCUGAAGAGAGUGAAAAGCCUCAAGAAGCCACUCACCAGGGUGUGCUUAGGGGAGGUGUUGCAGAAAAUUGACGUCCAGGAGUCCUUCUGUAUGGAAGAAAAACAGAACAAAUUCCGGGUGUACCAGCUGCGGUUUCAGUUCCUGCCACAUGCAUAUUACCAGCAGGAGAAGUGCCUGAGACCCGAGGACAUCCUGCGCUUCAUAGAAACAAGAUUCUUUAAACUUCUGAUGGAAUCCAUCAAAAAGAAGAAUAAUAAAGCAUCAGCCUUCAGGAGCGUAAAUACUCGAAGAGCUACUCAGCGGGAUCUGGACAACGCUGGGGAGUCGAGGAGGAGUCGGGGAGAGCAGGAGGGUGAUGAGGAAGAGGAGGGGCACAUUGUGGAUGCUGAAGCUGAGGAGGGGGACGCCGAUGCCUCUGAUGCCAAACGCAAGGAGAAGCAGGAGGAGGAGGUUGAUUAUGAGAGUGAGGAAGAGGAGGAGAGAGAGGACGAGGAGAACGACGAUGAAGACAUGCAGGAGGAACGAAAUCCCCACAGGGAAGGUGCUCGAAAGACCCGAGAGCAAGAUGAAGAGGUGGGCUCAGGCGCUGAGGAGGACCCGUCCCUUCCCGCCCUCCUGACGCAGCCCCGGAAACCCACCCACAGCCAGGAGCCCCAGGGGCCCGAGGCCAUGGAGCGCCGGGUCCAGGCUGUGCGUGAGAUCCACUCGUUCAUAGAUGACUACCAGUACGACACGGAGGAGAGCCUGUGGUGCCAGGUGACAGUGAAGCUCCCUCUGAUGAAGAUCAACUUUGACAUGAGCUCCCUGGUAGUAUCUUUGGCCCAUGGCGCCGUCAUCUAUGCGACCAAGGGCAUCACCCGGUGCCUCCUGAAUGAAACAACCAACAAUAAGAACGAGAAGGAGCUUGUGCUAAACACAGAAGGAAUCAACCUCCCAGAGCUGUUCAAGUAUGCAGAGGUCCUGGAUCUGCGCCACCUCUACUCCAACGACAUCCACGCCAUGGCCAACACGUACGGCAUCGAGGCCGUGCUGUGGGUGAUCGAGAAGGAGAUCAAGGAUGUGUUUGCCGUGUAUGGCAUCGUGGUCGACCCUCGCCAUCUCUUCCUGGUUGCUGAUUAUAUGUGCUUUGAGGGUGUCUACAAGCCACUGAAUCGCUUUGGGAUCCGGUCAAACUCUUCCCCGCUACAGCAGAUGACAUUUGAAACCAGCUUCCAGUUUCUGAAGCAAGCCACCCUGCUGGGAUCCCACGAUGAGCUGAGGUCUCCUUCUGCCUGUCUUGUGGUUGGGAAGGUUGUCAAGGGCGGGACAGGCCUGUUCGAGCUCAAGCAGCCCCUGAGAUAGCGGCUACCCCGGCACCAUCUGCCCAGCUCCAAGGACCUUCGGUGAAGGCGUGGCCCAGCCUGCCUUCUGCAUGAGAGGACCAGGAGACUGGAAUCCAGGGCAGUUCCAAGUGACAGUACAGAGCACAGCAGCGACCUUGGGCCUGAAAGCAGUGGGCCUCUGAGCUGGGCCAGCUUCACCUGGAAAGUGACAGAGUUGCUCAUCCUUGCCCCUCCCUGUCUCUGGAUUUUUGUCAAGGUUUACCAAGUCUUCUGAGUCCCCCUGAGAUGGCUGGGGCCUCACCUGUGGUGCAGGAGGCCUCUGUGGCAUAACCCUUAAGGAGAAGUCCUGAUUCACUGAGAAGACCAAGGGGAAGCCAUGCUUUGCUACUGGGGACCCCAGGCACCUCCAGAGUAGGGAAGCGGGGUUCUUUUGCUGUGAGUGGCCAGGGACAACAGACAAGAUUCCUGGGGGCUCCCGAUGAGCAGGAACAUGGAGCCUGCUGCCCAAGGCCUGCUUCUUCCAGCUGCUCCAGCCCCUGGGGGCAGAGUCCACAAAGAGUCCCCAUCAAGACUUCUUCCCUAAGUCAAGUAAAGGGUAGCACAGUCCUCCACCCACCCAACCUCUCUGCCUGGCCAGGGUCCUGGCCCUGCCACUGUGUGGCAAGGUGUCCUUCUAGAUCACAUCAGCCCCAAGGCUGGGGGCAGUCGCUCUAGGGCCGCAGCAGUUCACUCCCACACAUAAAACCCAGGUCACUGCUGGGGCGAUUGAACAGGUUGCCUGGCUUUUCUCUGCUGUCAGUUUGGUGCGGAGGCCUAUGUUCCGCCCCAUACGCCCCGUAGGCCCUGCUUAUGGGAAGGAACACAGGCCUCCAGCCCAGAGGACUGUGCCGCCCUGUUCUUGGUCGUCCACAUUUCCUCUCCCUCUAGCACCAGCAAUGCAUUUCCCUGGCAUGGGCAGAAAAGACAGAGAGGACUGCCCAGCCACCCAUCGUCUGGGAAGUGAGGAGCGCCUCUGCCCGGCCACCCAUCGUCUGGGAAGUGAGGAGCGCCUCUGCCCAGCCACCCAUCGUCUGGGAAGUGAGGAGCGCCUCUGCCCGGCCACCCAUCGUCUGGGAAGUGAGGAGCGCCUUUGCCCGGCCACCCAUCGUCUGGGAAGUGAGGAGUGCCUCUGCCCGGCCGCCCUGUCUGGGAAGAAGUGAGGAGCGCCUCGGCCCGGCCGCCCCGUCUGGGAAGUGAGGAGCCCCUCGGCCCGGCCACCGAUCGUCUGGGAAGUGAGGAGCGCCUCUGCCCGGCCGCCCCGUCGGGAAGAAGUGAGGAGCGCCUCUGCCCAGCCACCCCGUCUGGGAAGAAGUGAGGAGCACCUGCCUCUGCCCGGCCACCCCGUGUGGGAAGUGAGGAGCACCUCUGCCCGGCCGCCCCGUCCGGGAAGAAGUGAGGAGCGCCUCUGCCCGGCCGCCCCGUGUGGGAAGUGAGGAGCACCUCUGCCCGGCCGCCCUGUCUGGGAAGAAGUGAGGAGCGCCUCUGCCUGGCCGCCCCGUGUGGGAAGUGAGGAGCGCCUCUGCCCGGCCGCCCCGUCUGGGAAGAAGUGAGGAGCGCCUCUGCCCGGCCGCCCCGUGUGGGAAGUGAGGAGCGCCUCUGCCCGGCCGCCCCGUGUGGGAAGUGAGGAGCGCCUCUGCCCGGCCGCCCCGUCCGGGAAGAAGUGAGGAGCGCCUCUGCCCGGCCGCCCCGUCCGGGAAGAAGUGAGGAGCGCCUCUGCCCGGCCGCCCCGGCCGGGAAGAAGUGAGGAGCGCCUCUGCCCGGCCGCCCCGUCUGGGAAGUGAGGAGCGCCUCUGCCCGGCCGCCCCGUGUGGGAAGUGAGGAGCGCCUCUGCCCGGCCGCCCCGUCCGGGAAGAAGUGAGGAGCGCCUCUGCCCGGCCGCCCCGUCCGGGAAGAAGUGAGGAGCGCCUCUGCCCGGCCGCCCCGUCUGGGAAGUGAGGAGCGCCUCUGCCCGGCCGCCCCGUCUGGGAAGUGAGGAGCACCUCUGCCCGGCCGCCCCAUCUGGGAAGUGAGGAGCGCCUCUGCCCGGCCACCCAUCGUCUGGGAAGUGAGGAGCGCCUCUGCCCGGCCGCCCCAUCUGGGAAGUGAGGAGCACCUCUGCCCGGCCGCCCCGUCUGGGAAGUGAGGAGCCCCUCUGCCCGGCCACCGAUCUGGGAAGUGAGGAGCGCCUCUGCCCGGCCACCCAUCGUCUGGGAAGUGAGGAGCGCCUCUGCCUGGCCACCCAUCGUCUGGGAAGUGAGGAGCGCCUCUGCCCGGCCACCCGUCGUCUGGGAAGUGAGGAGCGCCUCUGCUCGGCCGCCCCGUCUGGGAAGAAGUUAGGAGCGCCUCUACCCGGCCGCCCCGUCUGGGAAGAAGUGAGGAGCGUCUCUGCCCGGCCGCCCCAUCUGGGAAGAAGUGAGGAGCGUCUCUGCCCGGCCGCCCCGUCUGGGAAGUGAAGAGCGCCUCUGCCCGACCGCCCCGUCUGGGAAGAAAUGAGGAGCACCUCUUCCCGGCCGCCCCGUCUUUGAAGAAGUGAGGAGCACCUCUGCCCGGCCGCCCCGUGUGGGAAGAAGUGAGGAGCGUCUCUGCCCGGCCGCCCCAUCUGGGAAGUGAGGAGCGCCUCUGCCUGACCGCCCCGUCUGGGAGGUCUACCACGGAGGCCAGAAGCAAUGAGGGGGCUGCACGUGGUGGCUCACGCCUGUGGUACCAGCACUCUGGGGGGCCGAGGCGGGUUGAUCACUUCAGGCUAGGAGUUCGAGACCAGUCUGGCCAACAUGGCGAAACAUAUGAAAAAUACAACAGAAAAACCAACCAACCAACCCAGUGACAACAAAACAGGUCUACCCUGGAGUCAUGCUCUAAUUUUUUCUAUUUUCCUCCCUUUCUGAUCCUUUAUCCCACUUUCUUUUUCUUCCUCUUCUCCUUCUUCUUUGUCAAAUAGAGGAUUGAGUUAUUAUCACUGAUCCAUAUAAAGUCCCUCUCUCAUUUAUUUUCUUUAAUUCCCACUCCCCAUUUCUAUUCCCCGUCUUCCCAUGUGCAACCUUCCUAAUAUGUUUGAUACGCAUCUUUUUGUUUGUAUUUUUAGAAAAUGUUUAUUGUUUUGUGUGCAAAAAAAAAACUAAUAAAAAAAAAAAAGAAAAGACAGAGAGGACUUGUACAAA